AUGUCUCAGCCUCAGGGAGUCUUUGGCCUCGAGGUGCCGCCUGGCGGCGUCCUCAUCCCGGCUGUCCUGAACUUCCCGGCCACUAUCGCCAUCUCCAUGGCUGCUAUUGAUCCCACCGCCGAGCCUGAGGCUGAUGAGGAGGGCAACAUCCCUACCACUGGCCGCUCUACUCUGCGCAUUGUUCGCCGUCCUAUUGAUGACGAGAGCGACGAUGAGGACGAGGAGGACGAGUACCUCCGCAGCAUCCUUGCCGGCAGCGACGACGACGAUGACGAGGACGACGACGAGCCCAACGGUGGCCCGAGCGACCCCUCCAAGUCUCCUCGCCGCAAGGACAUCAAGGCUCUUCUUGAUGCUCUUGCCGCCGAGAACGGUGACGAUGACGAGGACGAGGACGAGGACGAGGAGAUGGAGGAUGUCGGCGCUACCAAGGGCAAGAAGAAGGCCAGCAGUGCCAAGGUAUCCAAGCCUUCCAAGACUUCCAAGAAGGGCAAGGAGCCCGCUACCGUCGAGGACGACGAGGACGACGAGGACGAGGAUGAGGAUGACGAGGAUGACGAGGACGACAGCGACGACGAGGAUGUCGUCCUGGAGGACUUUGUUCUGUGCACCCUUGACACCGAGAGACUCUACCAACAACCCCUCCAGAUCGAGAUCAACGCCGGUGAAACCGUCUUCUUCACCGUCACCGGCAGCCACGCCGUCCACCUGACGGGCAACUACAUCGUCGAGGACGACGAGGAUAGCGAGGACGAGGAUGAUGAGGACGACGACGACUACGACCUCCCGCCCGAUAUCGACCUGGAGGAGCUGGACAGCGAGGACGAGGACGAGCUUGACGAGCUCGACCUCAUCACCGGCCGCGUCGAGGAGGUCGACGACGACGAGGUCGCCCCCAAGCUGACCGAGGUCAAGAAGGGCGGCAAGAAGCGCCCGGCCGAGGAUGUCGCCGAGCAGACUCUUGACGACCUGAUCAGCAAGGAGGCCAAGGGCGCCGAGACCAAGCUCAGCAAGAAGCAGCAGAAGAAGCUCAAGAACAACCAGGGCGAGGCCGUCGGUGUCCAGAAGCAGGAGGACGAGAAGAAGCGCGUCCAGUUUGCCAAGAACCUCGAGCAGGGUCCCACCGGCUCGGGCGCUAAGGACGCCAAGGAUGCUAAGGACACCAAGGGCAAGACCGCUCUGGGCGUCAAGGUUGUUCAGGGCGUCACCAUCGACGACCGCAAGCUGGGCUCCGGCCGUAUCGUCAAGUCCGGCGACCGUGUCGGCAUGCGUUAUAUCGGCAAGCUCGAGAACGGCAAGGUCUUUGACUCCAACAAGAAGGGCCCUGCCUUCUCCUUCCGUGUCGGCAAGGGUGAGGUCAUCCGCGGCUGGGACAUCGGCAUUGCCGGCAUGGCCAUCGGCGGUGAACGUCGUCUGACGAUCCCGGCUCACCUUGCCUACGGCUCCAAGAAGCUGGACGGCAUCCCGGCCAACAGCACCCUGAUUUUCGACGUCAAGCUCCUGGAGAUCAAGUAA